AUCUGAAUUUUGUUCCCUACAUUUCUCUGUUUUUUUAGGAAAACAGAUUCGUGUUUUUUUUUGUCACGAUAGAAAAUGCUAGAUUGACAAUCGUAAGCCGUAUUAAUCAUCAAGGAAACGAAACAACGUUGCAGAUUUCACAUUUUAACAAUACAUGUCAAAUGUGUCUUUCUCUUUCGCGGUUGAAUCUGCUGAUAUGAACUCCAGUCCUCCUUUCUUCUUUUUUGUGACGCCGCAGUGACGUUUUCUUCUUGUUGUAGAAACCAGAAAGCGUCUCAGGCUGUGAAGGCGGUUUAUGUUUUCAUGUUCUAUGAAAUGCAACGAAAGUGACUUUGUAUAAAUGAAGCAUUUUGCACACAGAUGCACUGUUUGAAUUGGGCUGCGUAAAUUCACUGUGUUUCCCCGAUGUCUUACAGUGUUGAUUGAAGACACACACCAUGAGACCGGACGAAUCUUCAGACGUCAAUCCCAGAAUAUUGUCUUUAGCGGCAGAAGUCGCUGACAGCUCAGAGCAGUAUGUACCUGUAUUGCUGUUACAGUUAAAAGAAAUCCUAGAAGGGGUGUCUGCAAGAGACAAAGAACUGAAGAAACUGAAGCAAGAUGUUUACGAUUAUGACCUCAUCCAGUACUGCGUUUUAGUACUGAAGCAAGAUUAUUCUAGAAUCCAAGGGGGCUGGGCAACUGCUGCCCAGUUAGCUGAAAUCCUUAGUAACUGCUGUGUGGGUCUGAAUCCUGAAGAAGAGGCGGAGGAGUUUCACAGUAAAGUCCUCCCUUCGGCUGCAGACAGUCUGCUCAUCCUGGCAAGACGUUUACAGGCACGCUUCACAAGAGCCGUCAAGGAUGAAGAGAAAACAGAUUAUUUCCGUAGCUUUCGCACAGUGACAGAUUCCAUUUGCUGGCUUUUUGGUGGGCAUGUCCAGCUGACUCAGCAAGUGAUGCAGUCAGGGCACUUCCUGCAGUUACUGCUCACCGAUGAUGUUGAAACAGAGGCCGUCAUGAUGUCUGUGUUGCAAAACAUCAUCAGAGUUAACAGUGUGGUGUUGAUGAAGACAGAUGAGAAAACUGUUCAUGCAAUUUUGGAUGAGCUGGUUUACAAGCUCUCAUCAUCUACCAAUCCUGUAAUAGGGAUCGCUGCCACGAAAGCCAUGAUAUUGAUUGCAAAUUGCCACCAGUCCAUUGUGAAGAGCAUUUGCAACCGAUACAAAGGUUUGAGGCUGCUGCUGAGUAAACAGUGGACUGGGAAAGGGUUCGAUAGAGAACUUGGGCAGCUUUUGGACCUCCUGUAUUCCAGGACCUACCAGCAAAACCAGUCUCAGAGGUUACAUCAUGCAGCCUGUGUGAUCCAAGCAGCGUGGAAAGCAUUCCAAACUAGGAAAAGGAUCAAGAGACUCCCGAAAGCUGUGUCUUCCCUUCAGAAGAGCUUCAGAGAGAAAAAGGAGAGGCAACUACUGCUGCUGGAGAGGCAGAGAGGGGAAGAGGAGCUCAGACGCCAGCUACAGCUUCAGAGACAGAGAGCUAUUCGAGAAUUCCGACAACGCCAACUGGACAUGCUGGAGAUAGUACCUGCAAGUCUGGUGGACAGGCACAUGCGGGAACAGGAACGGAAGGCUGUAGUGCUGAUUCAGAAACAGUGGAGGGGACACAAGGAGAGGAAGGGUUUCCAUCUGCAGAAACAGGCUCUGAAACAGUUCAAGGCAGCUGUCACCUUACAAAGAGCAGCUCUUCGGUUUCUGGAAAAAAAAAGGAACGCGAGGAAAGUCCUGUCUCCCUGGAAAGGCCCUAAAGGACUGACCGAUGCACGUCGGCUGGAGUUAAAGAAACAAGUGGAAGAACAUAUUGCACUGCAUCCAGCUCCAUUAUUAUCGGAGCAGAGCAGUAAGGAACUCCAUUUGAAAUGUCAAGAGAUGCUUGCACAGCGCUUGAUGAAGAGACACUUGCACAGAAAAGCAGAGCAGCACAGAGAAGCCCUCAGAGCUCAGAUCAACACUGACAUUGAACUACUGAUGAAUGCUCCGGGGUUAAAAGCAGCCACAGAAAAGGAGCUGGACGUUUUCACGAGCAGAUCCGUCCCCGUGGCGGCGCGAGCGAAGCAGUCCCACACCACCAUGCUGCAGUUCACACGCUGGCCUUGGUGGAAGAAGCUGGGCGAUGAAUUCAUGGAUCCUGAAAAUAUACCCGAUGACAAUCUGGACAUUGAGUUUGAGAGCUUGUAUCUGGGAGGCAAUGAAAAAGUAUAAUCUAUUUAAGAAUUGUGACAGAUCAUUGCCUUCUUUUCCUACUGACUCCUGUAAUAAAUUUCUAUCUGAACCUGGA